AUGAUCUGUAAUAAUUCAGUCAAUAUAUUUCUUAUUGGUCUUGUAUCAAGUAUGAAAACAGAUAUUCGAACAACUAAUGUCGAUCAGCAACCAUUGAUGACAUUUGCAUAUGUGUUUUCUGUGACAAUAAUGGUUGUAUUUGCUCUAUUAUCAAAUAUAUUAUCUGCUAAUACAUUUUACCGAGCACAAAUAAGAUCAACCUCUGUUGGAUUUCAUCUUCUUCUUUACAGUUGUUGUUCAAUAUCUGUUCUUCUUUUACUUGAGAUUCGUCUCAUUCAAUUAUUAGACUCUCUCAAUUAUGAAUCAUUUUUUUCUAUAUGCAAUGUGAUCACUCCUAUAUCAUCGAUACUUACACGAAUAUGUCUUUGGAUGAAUGGAUUUAUUGGAUUACAGCGAGCCCUUCAAUCACUUGAGUUAGGUUUUCUAUGGAAUAAAAUUCGUUCUCGGGUGGCAGGAAUCAUCCUAGUUAUAGUGAUAUCAAUUUGUGUAUCUUCAAUGCAUGUGCCAGAGCUGAUGUCUAAACGAACAUUACCAGAUCCGGUGAUCGCAGGCAAAUUUGUUUGUCAAAUAAGAUAUUCAGAAGAACUAUUGGCAUUGAAUACAAUAUUCUCAUUUAUUCAUGUGUUCGUGCCUGUUUCACUUAAUAUGUUGGCUAAUUGUUUAAUUUUGGCUUCAAUUAGCCGUCGAAAAGCCAAUAUUCAUAGAACAAGAUAUUGGUCACAAUGGAUUAGACAGUUUCAUCGUCAUGGUCAUCUCUUUAUUUCACCAACAUUAACUAUAGCAUGUAUUUUACCACAAUUGGUACUUACAUUAUUAUUCUCAUGUGUUAAUAUCAACACUAAUAAUGCAACUGAAUAUCAUUUUAAUAUAUUAAGUAAUAUAGCUGAUGUAGUUGAACAAACAGACUUAGAUUUAAUUGUGCUUGAAAUAGCUACAUUAGCAAAAAAAUAUCCAACUUUAAGUGCGAAUCAGGUUAUACAAAUUUUAUUAUUACGUGAAGAUUUAACAAAACAAGAAGCAACAGAUAUUUGA